CUUUCGAAUAGUACCCUCUUUUAGAGAAAUCAGUAUGAACACCCAACCCAAGGCCGGAUCAGAGCCCACCGCCCACAGUGCGGUUCUACAUCGCGAUACCCGCUUUGUCCCUAGAAAAGCCGUCGGUGGAAAAGGCAGCUACCUUUUUCUGGAAGACGGCACCAAACUUCUUGACUCGACAGGCGGUGCCGCUGUAUCUUGCUUGGGCCACGGACACGACAAAGUCAAACAGGCCAUCGUCGACCAGACUAAUCAGAUAUCGUACUGCCAUACUGCGUUCUUUGGAACUGAAGUGUCAGAAGAACUCGCCAAUUUCCUCGUCGAUUCCACAGGCGGGAAACUGUCCAAACUGUACGUCGUGAGUUCGGGCUCCGAAGCUGUCGAAGCCGCAUUGAAACUCUCUCGCCAAUACUUCCUCGAGCUACCAACCUCUCAACCACAGCGGACUAGAUUUAUCGCCCGCAAGCCAUCUUAUCAUGGCACUACAUUAGGUGCACUGGGUGUUGGUGGGCACGUCAUUCGACGCCAGCCGUUUGAACCUCUUCUUUCCCAAAACAUUUCCCACGUUUCUCCCUGCUAUGCGUACCGUGGGAAGAAAGAUGGCGAAUCGGAUGCGGACUAUGUCGCCCGGCUCGCAGAGGAACUAGAUGCUGAGUUUCAACGUGUUGGACCCGAUACUGUUUGCGCUUUCAUUGCCGAGCCUGUUGUUGGUGCGGCACUGGGAUGUGUCCCAGCCGUACCGGGUUAUUUCCCUGCGAUGAAAGCCGUGUGUGAAAAAUAUGGCGCGCUUUUCAUUCUCGACGAGAUUAUGAGUGGUAUGGGUCGUUCCGGCACACUCCACGCAUGGGAACAAGAGGGCGUAGUUCCUGACCUUCAAACAAUCGGAAAGGGCUUGGGAGGUGGAUAUGCUCCGGUCUCCGGUCUCUUAAUUGGAGAAAAGGUUGUAGAUGCGCUUGAAAAAGGAACUGGAGCUUUCCGUCAUGGCCACACGUACCAAGGACACCCUGUUUCCUGUGCCGCUGCGUUAGCCGUGCAAAAGGUCAUCAAGGAGGAAAAUUUGCUGGAAAAUGUGCGAAACAUGGGUGCAUAUUUGGAAAGUCAACUUAAAAUCCACCUGGGCUCACACCCCCAUAUCGGCGAUAUUCGAGGCAAAGGCCUGUUUUGGGGUAUUGAGUUCGUCAAAGACAAAGCCACUAAGGAGCCUUUCAGUCCUGAAAAGUUUGUAGCUUUCCGCAUCCAGGAGACUGGUAUGAAACCAGCAUAUUGCAUUUGUUUAUAUGGCUCGUCAGGAACAGUGGACGGGACGCGGGGUGACCAUGCCAUCUUGGCCCCUCCUUAUAAUGUGACGAAGGAGGAAAUCGACAUCAUCGUGGGGACCACCGUGAAGGUCGUCGCGGAGGUCUUUGCGGGCAUUGAUGCACCUUGAUUGUGACAAUGUACUGCUGGUGGCAUGGUACUGAUUCGAGGAUUUAACUGUCAUUGUAUACUUGCUUAGAUAUCCACCAGACUAUCUUUCGCCCAUUAUAGACAGCUUGAAUCCUCUUAUAUGAUCAAAUCAAACCUAUGCUCAC